AUGUGUGAUUUUAGUAAUCCUAAUUCAACACUUUCUCAAAACACUAUAAGUAACAAAAGAAAUGCUUAUGUUCCUGUAAUUUAUGUUUGUGCAACUAUGUGGCACGAAAAUAAAAAAGAAAUGAACGAAUUGAUCGGAAGUAUUUUAAGAUUAGAUAAAGAUCACUGUGCCAUGAAAGUUACACAGAAGUAUUAUAAGAUUUCUAUUAAUGACUACUAUGAACUUGAAACACAUGUAAUGUUUGAUGAUGCAUUUUGUUGUAUGCAUGGUUGUAUUGGAUCUUGUGAUCAUAAAGAAAGUGAAGUAUGCAUAAAUGAAUAUGUAGCAACAUUUGUGGAAUCAGUGCAGGAAAACAUAAAAAAUCUUGGUAUGCUUGAUUUACCGCCAACUAAAUAUCCAACUCCUUAUGGUGGUCAACUAGUUUGGAAUUUACCAGGAAAAACACGUUUAAUAGUACAUCUUAAAGAUAAAAAUAAAAUCAGACACAGAAAACGAUGGAGUCAGGUCAUGUAUAUGUAUUAUCUUCUUGGUUAUUGUUUCAUGAACUCAUCAACAGAUUUUGAUACUAAAGAAUUAAUAGCAGAAAAUACUUACAUUCUAACACUAGAUGGAGAUGUUGAUUUUCGACCAACAGCUGUUAAAGCAUUGCUAGAUUUGAUGAAGAAAAAUAAGGAAUUAGGUGCAGCUUGUGGAAGAAUACAUCCCAUAGGAAAAGGUCCCAUGAUUUGGUUGCAGAAAUUUGAAUAUGCUAUUGGGCAUUGGCUUCAGAAGUCAACAGAACACACAAUAGGUUCUGUUCUUUGCAGUCCAGGUUGUUUUUCUCUGUUCAGAGCAAAAGCUUUAAUGCAACAUAAUGUUAUAGCUAAAUAUGCAAUAAGGUCGACUGAACCAAAACAUUAUAUUCAGUAUGAUCAAGGAGAAGAUCGAUGGCUUUGUACACUAAUUUUACAAGCUGGUUGUAAAGUGGAAUAUUGUGCAGCUAGUGAUGCUUAUACACAUGCUCCAGAAUCAUUUAAAGAGUUUUAUAUUCAACGUCGGCGAUGGAUCCCAUCAACCAUGGCUAACAUUUUUGAUUUACUAAGUACAUCAAGGGAAACCAGGAAACUAAAUAAUAAUAUUUCAUGGCUUUAUGUAACCUACCAAUGGAUUUUAACAGGUAGUACAAUUAUAGGGCCAUCUUUCAUUUAUUUAAUGAUGGUUGGGGCAUUUAUAACUUCCUUUGAAUUAAAUAAUUGGUUAAGUUUCUGGUGUAAUUCAAUUCCAAUUGUCAUUUUUGUCUUAAUCAGUUUUUUUGGUGAUGUACACAAACAGCUUAUAGCAGCAGGAACUAUCUCUGUCUUAUAUGGUGUAGUAAUGAUGGUUGUAUUAAUUGGCAUAAUAUUACAAAUAGCAGCAGAUGGAUUCCUUGCACCCAAUGCUCUUUUAUUUCUUAUCGUAAUUGGUCAGUUCACAGCAACAGGCUUUUUGCAUCCUCAGGAACUAUCAUGUUUACCUUACGCAAUCAUUUAUUAUAUUACUGUGCCAUCUAUGUACAUGUUACUCAUCAUUUUCUCUAUCUUCAAUCUACAUAAUAUUACAUGGGGGACCAGAGAAUCCAAAUUGCACAGACAAGCAUUAGAACAACAAAAUAGGAAGCUAAAGAAGUCUGAACAAGAGGGAACUGUUACUAAUAAAUGCACAAAAUCUUUUUUACGCAAUUUGUAUAAAUGUACAUUUUAUACUCAUAAAAAUUCGAAGAAAUCAGAAGAAUACUUAGAAUUUAUCUAUAAUUCUAUAAAUGAAAUUAAUAUUCGUUUAAAGCAUAUAGAAAGUACCUUAGAGCUCAAUAACAUAUUAAAAGACAAUAUAGAAGAAAAAAGCAACGAUCAAAGUAAAAUAUACGAUGAAGUAAAAUUAGAAGUGUCUGAACAUUUAAACACAAAUACAGAUACAGAAACAGAAUCAGACACUUCAGAAUGCACCUUUACUAAUAAAAAUCAAGAAGAUCCAAAUUACGUAAUAAAUCCUUAUUGGAUACAAGAUGAACAUUUGAAAAAUGGAAAAAUAGAUUUUCUAUCAUAUGCAGAAGAAGAAUUUUGGAGGCAAUUAAUUAAGAAAUAUUUAUAUCCUAUUGAAAUUGAUGUGGAAAGGCAGCAAAAAAUUUCAGAGGGAUUAAUAGAUAUACGUAAUAAAUGUCUCUUCAAAUUUUUUAUGAUAAAUACGUUAUUUAUAGUGGCAAUAUUCUUGUUGCAAAUAAACAAAGAUGUUUUGCAUGUCCAAUGGCCAUUUGCUGUUAAAUAUAACAUUACUUUUAUUAAUGACACACAUGAAAUACAUAUACUUAGAAAUUAUAUGCAUUUGGAACCAAUUGGAUGUCUCUUUAUUAUUGCAUUUGUUUUUAUUUUGUUCAUCCAAUUCUUAGCUAUGUUAAGUCAUAGGUUCACUACGUUUAUCCAUGUUCUUGCUAAUGUGAAAUUGAGUUUAGCAUGUUUUAACAAGAAAGAAAAUUUGUCAAAUGAAUUAGUUACUAGUACACAUGCAAAAAAUAUAGCUGAUGGUCUCCAAAGUACAGUAGAAUAUCAAACAAUAUAUAAUAAUAGGUCUGAAACCUCUUCAAGAAAACAUAAAACUGUUAGAGAAUUGGCAGAAGAAUCUCAAAAUCCUUCAAAGCGACCUUCCAACUUUGAAGUACUUUUCAAUACGAAAUUAAGGAAUCCUGAUAUAUCUGGAUUUAGAAGAACAAUAUCUUUAAGCAUACCAAAAGGUGUACUAGAAGCAUUUGAACAACAUCGUUCAAAUAUUUUAGCAGGACAUGAGUUGCAAUCUCAAAAUAAUGCAGCUAAUGAGAAAGAAAUAGACCCAAAAAAUAAAAAUUCAAAAAGGCCUGUAUAUGAUAACCCAACAUUUUUAAAUGACAAUAAUGAAUAAAUUUAAUUGAUAGUA